UUGCAUCCUCUGUGCAGCAUUUCUGAACAUGCCUUAAUUUCUUGUGAGGAAAUUCGGUAGAUUGCUGGUGUACUUUUCAGCACUUUAAACAUUCAGCAACUUUUAUGGAGAAUACUGAUCGUCAUCAGUUUGAGGCCAGCAGAGAGCUGGAAGACCAGUGCCAGCAGGCCAAGGGAGACGGUCAGAAGAAGCUUCAUUCUCCAAUGUUCAGUGGUUCUCUCCUUCUGACAAUCGGUCUGUGUUUUAAAGAGGUUUGCGCAGCGCAUUUGGAGGAAUCUUUUUAUGCUACCCCAUUUGAUGUUACCAGUGGGUUACCUACAGAAUUAUGC